AUGACCACCGAUCCCAAGUUCGAUGACCUCCACAAAGGCCUAUUCGAAGAAGGCCUCAAAGUCCGUCGUGCCGUCGUUGGGGAAGCCUACGUCGACAAGGCCCUAGAGAACGGCUCAACUGAGUUCUCUCGAGCCGGCCAAGAACACAUUACCGAAUGGGCCUGGGGCAAUGUGUGGACAAGGCCGGGACUUGAACGAAGAGAUCGCAGUCUUCUCAAUAUUGGCAUGCUGAUGGCUCUCAACCGUGGACCCGAAUUGGCGGUUCAUAUCCGAGGGGCUCGUAAUAACGGUCUGAGUGAGCUUGAGAUUCGCGAAGCUAUUAUACACGCUACUGUCUACUGUGGUGCUCCAGCUGGUGUGGACGCUAUGAAGAUUGCCGAGAGAGUAUUGAAUGAGAUGGCGGAUAAUGGAGAAAUGCCGCGCCAAUUGGGAGCCAAGGUGAAAAAUUGA